CCACCCCCUCCUCUUCCUUCUUCUUCUUCUCUUCCAUUGCAUGCUCCGACUGCUCACCCGCACAACAGCCCGAACCAUGACGACCAAGGCCCCCUGGCACGCCGCGCUCCCCAAGCCCAAGAGCGCCCCGCCGCAGAUCACCGUCACCGAGCUGCGCGAGCUCGCGAAGACGAAGAAGGCCGGGACGGAGUUUAUCGUCGUCGAUGCGCGCCGCGCCGACUUUGACGACCCCGGAUCAAACUUCAUCCACCACGCCGCGAUCAACCUCCCCGCGCAUACGCUGUACCAGACGCUGCCGGUCGUCGGGCCGCUUCUGCAAAACAUCCCCCAGGUCAUCUUCCACUGUAACUCGUGCAAGGCCGGCUCGCGCGGCGAGCGCACGGCGGGCUGGUACCAGGACUACCUCGACGCGCAGGGCAUCACCACGUCCAAGGCUUAUGUCCUCGAGGGCGGAUUCAAGGCGCUCAAGGCUGAGACGCCGGAGGAGCUCAAGGAGGUGGCUGUUUGAGUUCGGGCCAGGAUGUAGUGUAUUGCUGUCAG